AUGGAAACCGUAGAAAACGAGGAUAUCACAAGUCCCCCAUUAUCACCAUCUGAUCCAUAUGAGACCGACGGCGAUCUUGAUCCUGAUUAUGAUCCAGGCAAUAAUAAGGAUAAAAAGAAAAAAAGUAGACUAAGUAACACCCUUUUAGAUUUUUUUAAAAGUAGAACAGUAGAACUAAUGAGGCUGUGGCUGAAGCACUACAAGAAAAGCCAUGAAAAUGUUCCUGUCCCUGUGAAGCAAAAUACUUAUGAUAACAGUUUUUUCGAAUUCGAAGAUAACAGUGUUUCAGAGGGAGAAUCUACUGACAUAAGAAGCUGUGUUGAUUUAGAAGUUCUACAAUAUAUUCAAGAAGAAUCUCGCGACGUAAAACUUCUAGACAAGUAUCCUUUUGUAAAAAUCUUAUAUAUUCGGUACAACACGUCCCUACCAUCUUCAGCACCUGUUGAAAGACUGUUCUCUUUUGCCACUUUUUUAAAUACUCCGCGGCGUCAUGCUUUAUCUGACCAACAUUUUGAGUCAUUACUGCUUUUGAAAGCAAAUGAAGAAUUCCUAAGUUCCUAA